AUGAUUCUCGGCGCCAUGCUGACGAUGAUUGCAGUCAUGAUGAGGCUGAUGGCAAUGCGAGAGAAAGAGCAAGAGGAAGAGCAAGAACAUGAGCUAGAAGAGCGAGAGCAAGAGCAAGAGGAAGAGCAAGAACAUGAGCUAGAAGAGCAAGAACAAGAGCAAGAACCAGAGCAAGAACCAGAGCAAGAAGAAGAUCAAGAACAAGAGCAAGAACAUGAGCAAGAAGAGCGAGAGGAAGAGCAAGAACAUGAGCAAGAACAAGACGAAGAGCAAGAGCAAGAGCGAGAGGAAGAGCAAGAGGAAGAGCAAGAACAUGAGCUAGAAGAGCGAGAGCAAGAGCAAGAGGAAGAGCAAGAACAUGAGCUAGAAGAGCGAGAGCAAGAGCAAGAACCAGAGCAAGAACCAGAGCAAGAAGAAGAGCAAGAACAAGAGCAACAAGAAGAUCAAGAACAUGAGAAAAAAGAGCGAGAGGAAGAGCAAGAACAUGAGCAAGAACAAGACGAAGAGCAAAAGCAAGAGGAAGAGCUAGAAGAGCGAGAGCAAGAGCAAGAGGAAGAGCAAGAACAUGAGUUAGAAGAGCGAGAGCAAGAGCAAGAACAAGUGCAAGAACCAGAGCAAGAAGAAGAGCAAGAACAAGAGCAACAAGAAGAUCAAGAGCAUGAGAAAGAAGAGCGAGAGGAAGAGCAAGAACAUGAGCAAGAACAAGACGAAGAGCAAGAGCAAGAGGAAGAGCUAGAAGAGCGAGAGCAAGAGCAAGAGGAAGAGCAAGAACAUGAGUUAGAAGAGCGAGAGCAAGAGCAAGAACAAGUGCAAGAACCAGAGCAAGAAGAAGAGCAAGAACAAGAGCAACAAGAAGAUCAAGAACAAGAGCAAGAAGAGCGAGAGGAAGAGCAACGACAUGAGCAAGAACAUGAGCAAGAACAAUACGAAGAGCAAGAGAAAGAACAAGAGGAAGAGCUAGAAGAGCGAGAGCAAGAGCAAGAGGAAGAGCAAGAACAUGAGCUAGAAGAGCGAGAGCAAGAGCAAGAACAAGAGCAAGAACCAGAGCAAGAAGAAGAUCAAGAACAUGAGCAAGAAGAGCGAGAGGAAGAGCAAGAGGAAAAGCAAGAGGAAGAGCAAGAAAAUAAGCUAGAAGAGCGAGAGCGAGAGCAAGAGCAAGAACAAGACCAAGAACAAAAGAGAAGAGAGAAAGAGAAAGAACAAGAUCAAGAGAGAAGUCGCAAAAAACUGGAAAACAACUUUAAAAAAAUAAUAAUAAUAAUAGUAAAUUAA